AUAUAGCUCUUUUCAGCUCAAUCACCAUAAACUGUGGUAUCUUGGCAGGUCUCAUCGUCUUUGAAAACGGACUUACUUCGUCGUCAGUACGCCAGCCUACUAUGCCUUGCUAGCUUCACUCAUCCUAAUCGGAACUUGUACGGUAACCCAUUUGGAGACCAUGCUUCUCAACCUCUUUCGAAUGACGCCGUUCAUUCUAUGUGCACGAAAACAAGGCGCUACUGCGGGCCAAACAAUUCUUCGAAGCUACUUCCCGUCACCAAGCUUUCGAGAUGCAUGGGAGACUAAGAACUGGCUUCUAAUGCUCGCCUACACCAUCUACUACCCAAGCUACUCCGUCAUCGGUUUCAAAUCGGCUCUGCUGUAUGAGAGCUGGGACGAUACAGACAUCCGUCUACAUGUAAAUGACUGGGCGUGUUAUACGUUGAUUGCCUUCUACAGCGUUAUUCAGCUGUAUCUCAUAAUCGUUUUUGUAUAUCUCUGGCGACACAAGACCGGGCUACAAUGGGACCCGGUUUCAAUAGCAGACAUAUUGGUUUUGUUUAGGCACUCCAAUGUUCUCAAAUACUUCGAGGGAUCAUCCAUAGCACAAAGGCAGUCAAUGUUCGAAAAUUUGGAAAAGAUUCCUAUGUAUCUGAAGUAUUGGAAAGCAGAAAAUGGCAAAUAUUGGCAUGGCUUUGGCACAGACGACAUAGAGUCGGAAGAUAUUUCGCCAAACGUAAGGGCCGACAGUUCGAAUCCAAUUGGCGAACCCGGGAUUGCCCAGUCUCCAGUUGAGCUGCGGGACUUAACACAAAGUGGCUCAAGUCAUCCAGACCAAUCCCCAGAUGCUUCUUCUCACCUUUCGGGCGAUAGCAAGACUUCACCGGUCUCUAUGGACACUCUGGCCUUGAUACGCUAUAAUUCUGCUUGGGCAGUUGCCAACCCAAUGUCCGUCUACUGUCACUUUUUUCUGGCCUUUUCGCUCAUGAUUCUUUUCACUGUCGGCAUCAGCAUUACUCCGUCCAUCACACCAGAUAGAGGUUACUGUUGGGCACCGCAAAAUUUAUCCCGUAAUUGGGCCAACUUCCUGUUGGACGUUAUUCUUACCACUGCCGUUAGCUUCUUGUCUGAUUUUUGGGCCGCCUUAUCCCUCUUUGUGGUCCACACCGAACCUCUGGCACGCAUGGCAAGACCCUCGGAAUCAGGAGAGCCAGCAAAAUACACCCUGCUUCUCAACUACACUUCCUCAUUCCUACCUAUCAGGAUAUACAACGCAUUCACGAAUAAGCAUUGGAAGCUUGUGCGAAUCAUGUUUUGGGAGCUCCUCCAACGCUUAUUCCCCACACUGAUCGGAACCAGCAUUAUUGUUUAUUCUAGAGUCAACAGUGACAGUCUUUCGUCGCACUCCGAGGGACUACCUCUCCAUCGCAGACAUCGUGUCUUGGUCCUCAACCAGUCAGCUUCUACAUCGUGAAGCAGACAGCAAGAAAUCUGACAAAUUGAACUACGAUAUCGAUGAUCCACUAGACGUGGAUGUUCAUGGAGAGAAAGGCAAGAGAUGGUAUAUGCAGAGCCGACUGGAGUUGCAGCUGAAGCAGUAUCGUCUCGGGUACGCCAAGGUUCCCGGUCAGGAGUACUAUGCUUUCGGCAUCACAGAUGAGAUCCCGGAAAAGUUACCAGAGGUGCGGCCAACCAGGCUUGCACGCA